CUCCUGAAGAAACUUUCACGUGUACUUUACAACAUUUUGGUUCUGUUCAUUCCCUGGGAAGUUAGGAUUAAGAAAAUCGAAAGUCACUUUGGGUCGGGCGUGGCCUCCUACUUCAUCUUCCUCCGCUGGCUGUUCGGGAUCAACAUCGUCCUCACCAUCAUGACUGGAGCCUUCAUCGUGCUGCCAGAGCUGCUGGCUGGAGCUCCGUUUGGAACAACGAGGAGUAAAACUAUCCCCAAGGAGCAUCUGGCUUCAGCCCAAGACCUGGACACCAUCUGGUCUCUCGGGGGCUACCUGCAGUACUCCGUGUUAUUCUAUGGUUACUAUGGCAGACUGAGGAAGAUUGGCAGUGCGGGGUACCGGUUGCCCCUCGCCUACUUCCUGGUUGGGAUGGCGGUCUUUGCCUACAGUUUCAUCGUCCUGUUAAGAAAAAUGGCUAAGAACUCUCGUAUGAGCCUGGCCAGCGCCUCCGAUGAGAACUUCACGUUCUGCUGGAGGGUGUUCUGUGCCUGGGACUACCUGAUCGGGAACCCUGAGGCUGCAGAGAGCAAAGGAGCCGCCAUCGUCAACAACAUCCGGGAAGCCAUUGUUGAGGAGCAGGAAAAGAAGAAGGAUACCAGUCUGGCAGUUCUGAUCAGUCUGCGGAUCCUCGCCAACAUCCUGGUCCUUCUGUCUCUGGCCGGCAGCAUCUACAUCAUCUACUUUGUGGUGGACCGCUCUCAGAAACUGGAGCAGGAGAAGCCGGAGCUGACGCUGUGGGAGAAGAACGAGGUGAGUGUGGUGGUGUCUCUCAUCACGAUGAUCGCUCCGUCUGCCUUUGAGCUGGUGGCUCAGCUGGAGAUGUACCACCCCCGAACCUCGCUGCGCUUCCAGCUGGCCAGGUACUCCGUCACUCUGCCUGAUGCAGCACUAAUCACUAUCACACACUGUAUAAUGCAUCACAGGUCCUACCAACAUGUGUCAUAUGUGUUACGGUGAGUGAAGCAAGCAGGACCCAAAGGCAGAUAACGCUGAAAAUGCCUUUAUUUCAAGGAUAAUAUAGACAAACGGAACACUCCCCAGUGACCACAGUCACCAACAAAAGACAAACCAACACUGAACACAGGAAGAGACAAGACUAAAUACAGG